ACCCACCGGAGUUCAUCUUUACAAAAUCAUGUCUUCAUUCACUACCACCUUCACUCACCAAUUUCCAUGGAUGCAGUAACAUUUGGCGUCAUUAUUGCCAUAAUUAUCCUUUUCUUUAUCAUUAUUUGCUAUAUAACUUUGGAAGCCACUUGCAAACGCCGUUCUUCUUAAAAAAAUAUAAACCCCAUUAUAAAGAUCCCAACUUUUUAUCAUAAAAAAAAGACCCAUUAAAAAAAAUCUCAAUUUUAUAAAAACGCAUUAAAAAAAUCUCAUCCUUAUAAAAAGCCAUUUCAGUUUAAUCAAAUAUAAGCUGAAAAUGAGUGUAAUUUAUAGCAUUAAGACCCAGAUCUAUAUGAAAUUAAUUAUAAUAAUAAUCUUGGUUUUAGGGCUUAAUUUGGAAUUAAGUUUAGGACAACAAUGUCAUCAACAAGCUGAUAAAUCACAUGAUCAUAACCAUCAUCAUGAUGAUGGAUGUCAUCAUCAUCAUCAUGUGCAUCAAAAUUAUGAAUUUGGGAUAAGAAAGUUGCCUGAAGAAGUGGCUGAAGAUGAGGAUCUUAGAUUGGGAUAUGGGUCCCACCAUCAUGACCAUGAUCAUGAUCAUGAUGAUCAUCAUGGUUCAGAGCUAUCUGGUGUUGGGCUCUGGAUCAAUGCAAUGGGGUGUUCGUUAUUGGUGAGCUUGGCUUCUCUAAUUUGCUUGAUUCUACUGCCAUUGAUAUUCAUUCAAGGAAAACCAUCAAAGGCACUUGUUGAUUCAUUGGCUGUAUUUGGGGCUGGAGCUAUGCUUGGGGAUGCUUUUCUUCAUCAAUUGCCACAUGCUUUUGGUGGUGGACAUUCUCAUUCACAUGAUGAUCAUGUGGACGAUGGACAUGAUCAUGGCCAUUCUCAUUCACAUUCACAUUCUAUUGAAGAUCUCUCAGUUGGAUUAUCCAUUUUGUUUGGAAUUGUUGUUUUUCUUCUUGUAGAAAAGGCUGUGAGGUAUGUUGAAGAAAGGUCGGGAGGAGAUGCUUCAUGGGGUCAUGGUCAUCAUCACCAUCACCAUAAGAAAAGUGAACCAUUGCAGGAUAGUGAUGAUGACCAGAGUAAGAGGGAAACUCUUAUUGAUGGAGAAAUAUCAGAAACGACAUUGGGCGAAUCUUCUCUUCUCCGCAAGAGAAACAUUAGUACAAAUGGUGUUGGUGACAAAACUGAUUCAGCUGAUGAAAUUAGAACUGAUAGUACUACGAAGUCCGUGAUGGAGAAGGAACUUGAAAAGUCAUCGAGUCUCGUGUUUGGUUAUCUGAACCUGAUCUCUGAUGGUGUUCAUAAUUUCACUGAUGGCAUGGCUUUAGGAAGUGCUUUCCUUUUAUAUGGGUCUGUCGGUGGGUGGUCGAGAACACUUUUUUUACUGGCACAUGAGCUUCCUCAAGAGAUUGGUGAUUUCGGGAUCUUGGUAAGGUCUGGUUUUAGUGUAUCAAAAGCCCUCUUCUUUAACUUCCUCUCGGCAUUAGUGGCACUAGCAGGAACUGCAUUGGCAUUGUCUUUGGGACAAGAUCCAGGGCAAUCGUCAUUGAUUGAGGGGUUUACGGCAGGUGGAUUUAUAUACAUAGCAGUAGGUGUAAUGGCAGAAAUGAACAACGGCAGCUCUUCGUUGAAAAAUAGCGCGAUACAGUUAACCUCUUUGGUAAUGGGCAUGUCUGUUGCACUCUUUAUAUCACUUAUAGAAUAAACAGAUUUUCUUUUGGUGUAUAUUUCAAUAGGAAGGCUGAUGUAGAGCCUUGUGUUUAUUUGAAAAUGUACCUUUAUCUGACAGUUUUUUUUUAUAGAAGAAGCAUGUUUUAUUUAGAUA